AUGUCGAUCUUAGUGACGGGAGGCGCGGGUUACGUGGGAUCUCACACAGUCAUCGCGUUGCUAGAAGAAAAAGAUGUUGAUAUAAUAGUUGUGGACAAUCUAAGCAACGCUUACAGAGGUGAUGGCGUUAAGAAACCCGAGCCGUUACGGAGGAUCGAGGAGAUGACGAACAAACAUAUACACUUCUAUGACGUCGAUAUUAGAGACAGAGAGGGGCUGGACAAGAUAUUUGAUAAUCACAAAAUAGAUUGUGUGAUUCACUUUGCUGCAUUAAAAGCUGUUGGGGAGUCAGUACAGAAACCGCUGGAAUACUACCAGGCUAAUAUUACUGGGACAUGCACCUUACUGGAGUCAAUGCGAGCCCACAAUGUGUACAAACUGGUGUACAGUUCAUCGUGUACAGUGUACGGAGAUCCACAGAGGCUACCCUUGGAUGAGAGUCAUCCUACUGGUUCAGGGAUCACCAACCCUUACGGAAAGACAAAAUACUUCUGUGAGGAGAUAAUGAAAGAUUUGUGCAACAGCGAUCAGAAUUGGAAGAUUGUAUCUCUACGUUACUUCAAUCCCGUGGGAGCUCAUAUCAGUGGCAGGAUAGGUGAAGAUCCCACCGGACCUCCCAACAACCUGAUGCCUUAUAUAUCACAGGUGGCCGUGGGUCGUCUCAAGGAGUUGCAGGUGUUUGGAGAUGAUUAUCCAACUGUUGACGGGACGGGUGUGAGGGACUAUGUACAUGUGAUGGACCUAGCUGAUGGACACUUGCGAGCAGCUAGACUAUUUGAUGACAAUAACUUCAGAGGAUUCCACGCUGUUAACCUGGGUACCGGUCAAGGUCAGUCUGUUCUUCAACUAGUGUCAUCCUUUGAGCGUGUGAGUGGAAAACAAGUGCCUUACCGUGUGGUAGGAAGACGAGCUGGUGAUGUCGCUGCUAAUUAUGCUGAUGUGACCUUAGCGAGGACACUCCUCGGAUGGAAAGCAACCAGGAACCUGGAACAGAUGUGUGAGGAUACUUGGAGGUGGCAGGAGAAGAACCCACAGGGGUAUAGACAAUGA